AUGCUCCCGUCACUGGGCGCUGUUCAACAAGCUUUGCGAGCUGCCCCAGCUCAGUACGCCCGCUCAUGUAUAGAGAGCGCUCUGCAACAGGGCGUCACCCGCGGCCUGCUCGUCAUCGAGGACCGCACCGGACAGACACGCGAAUACGGACAAGUAGGCGAGGAGGGUCAGCGGACAGUGAAGCUGGUGGUGAAGAAUGAUGAGUUCUGGACAAGGAUAUAUCUCUCGCACGGACUGGGCUUCUCCGAGGCCUUCAUGGCCGGUGAUGUCGAGGUCUCGAGCCUCAAGGAUGUCCUAAACCUCUAUCUCGACAACGAAGACACGCUAACUGGCCUAUGGACAACGAUGAGCAUGCUCCGCGAGGCCGCCUCCGUCGCUAUGGUCCGCAUGUUCGGACAGUCACUAUCCAACGCAAAGCUAAACGUGAUCACCGGCUACGACUGCUCCAACGCCUUCUUCCAAAGCUUCCUAAGCCCCGACAUGACAUAUUCCUCCGCCCUGUGGCCCGAAUCAACGGGUGGUAUCCGCGGCGACUUGACGCCGCGCGGCUCACAAGAGUCCGACCUCGAAGCCGCGCAACGCCACAAGAUCGCGCAUCUCCUCCGCAAAGCACGUUUACGCCCUGGCGACCGCCUGUUGGAGUUUGGAUCCGGUUGGGGCGCGUUGUCAAUUGCGGCGGGCAAGAUGGGUUGCGAGGUCGACACCAUCACGUUGAGCGUGAACCAGAAGGCGUUGGCGGAGGAAAGGAUAGAGAAGGAGGGGUUGACGGGUAGAGUGCGCGUGCAUCUAUGCGACUACAGGAACCUGCCAGCCGAGUUCGAGCACGCCUUCGAUGGGUUCGUGAGCGUAGAGAUGGUCGAGGCCGCGGGAUACAAGUAUCUCCCUCGUUUCUUCCAGAUCUUGGACUGGGCCCUGAAACCAGAUCGCGCUGCGGCUAUCAUCACUGCGACGACACAACCUGAGAAUCGCUACACAAUACACCAAGCCAAUGACUACGCGCGACAAUACCAAUGGCCCAACUCCUUCUGCCCAUCCGCCACUUCCUUCGUCUCGACUUGCGCAGAAGCGACGCAAGGGCGCUUCGCACUCGAGAGCGCAGAAGACUUCGGAAUCCACUAUCCGAGAACGCUGCGCGAAUGGGGCUAUCGGCUGGAGAAGAACUGGAAUGAGCAAACCAUCGCUGCAUUAGUGAAAGACCAGCCCCAACUCGCGGAUCCCGAAGCGUUAGCAGCCUUCAAGCGCAAAUGGGAGUACAUGUACGUAUACGCGGAGGUUGGCUACGCAAGAGCAUACACCUCGAUGCACUACUUCACAUUCGUGCGACCGGGUUUCGUCGCAGAGGCCUGCGAUUAG